ACUACCUUCCUAUGACCUGCUCGCUCACAUGCUACCGGUAGACUCGACAGAGACACGCCGAUGAGGCGUGCUGCGUGUCAAUCUCGUAUCGUCGAGCACAACGUCAUGAACCCGAACAGUGUCGUUGUAGCCUCUGGAUAAAGGCGCACUUGGUUGACGCCACCGACAAGCGAGCUCCUCCUCUCAAGGGUGCUCGUGACGCAGCCGCGCUCGGCACGCCCUGCCCAACGUCGUCUUCGAGCAACCCAACCACUGUCUCGGACAUGGGUUGAUGCCAACGUGGCGUCGCCGCGACUGCGCCCAUGUUGCAGCGCAUGGCCUUGGCUAUGGUACUCUAUGACCAUGUAGCCUCCGUCGCUCGUGUACAGACGUCAUCCCUGCGCGCUGCUCGCAGUGGCAUAGGCCAUGGCGCCGCUUCGCCGCCAAGAUCGCAUUGGGGUGGCGAGUGCUAUAUUAUUAUCUUGUUGUUUGUAUGUGUCACCUGGAUGGUUUUAUGCAAUUCAUCAACCGGAAUUGGAUGACGACGCCACCAGUGUUUUUGGAGGUGGCGAUGGAGACGGUCCCGUGCCCGUACUGCCACGCGCUCUUCCCGCGCGUAGACCCGGCCUUCGUCCUCGCCCGCCACGUGACGCAGUGCGCGCUCAAGGCCUGGCCGGCGGCUGUCGAUGAGCACUUCGUGGACGCCAAGCACUGCCCGAUCUGCUGGCGGGUGUUUGACGAGCAUGUCAAGCCGUUCGAGAUCGUGCUCCAUGAAGAAGAAUGCGAGCGCGUGAAUGGCUCAUUGAAGAAGGUCGCGCACCAAAAGCGGCGCCGGGUUGUGGAGAUGUCGCCGCCGUCAAGCGCACCGUCGAGCAAGACCCGGCCAUCGCCUGCCAAGACCAAGGUGCCCGAGAUCACGGACGCCUCGACGCCGCUCUGCUUUCUAUGCGGCCAAGGCGGCCGUCAGCUUCUCUCAUGCUCGGGCUCAUGCACGCGGUCGUUCCACAUUGCGUGCAUUGGCGAGAGCGCGUCGCUCGUCCACCGCCCGUACGUCGCCCAGCGCCGGAGCUGGAAGUGCGCCGAGUGUUUCCGGGGCAUCCACAUGUGCUUCAAGUGCGACAUGGUCGGCGACGACGACAUGGACUCGUUCAAGUGCUCGAUCUCCGGCUGCGGCGUCUACGCCCACCAGCGGUGCAUGAGCAAAGGCCAGGACCCGUCGCUAUUUGUGUGUCCGCGCCACGCAUGCAGCGUCUGCAAGAAGCAGGGGCUUGCCCAAGCCGACGCGCUCCACUGCUACCAAUGCCCCACCGCGCUGCACAAGGCGUGUCACUCGACCAAGUCCCCGUCCUUUACAGCGCUGGUGGGACACCACGGCUGCUGCGGCCACCAUAGCACGCUCCGCACAGUCUCGCCGAGCCUCCGGAGCAAGCUCCACGUUGGCGACGUCGUCUUGGUGCUCAAUUUUGGUAACUCGCAUUUGCCGCUUGAAGCCAAGCAGCUGCAUGCGAACCAGUGGGGCCGCGUUCUUACGGUCGAGGGCAUUGAGUUUAGCGCCCAGCUACUGACCGUCGCGCUUUUUGCGUGCGACUUGACGCUGACGCUGACCAACCAGCACGCCGUGCCCGUCACGACGCCGUAUGAGCCCACGAAAGCUUUUGUGCAAAACUGCAUCACAAUCCACCUCCACACGGAGCUCUCGCUUCGCGGCCUCUCGCCAGCGUCCAUGGAAGCCGAGCGAUCCCAGCUCGUCAUGGACUCGGUGCUCGCGUUCCAGCAUCUCGCGCAGCAACUCGCGAUUUCGCCCGAUGACGUGAUCGAAAUGGCGACGCUCGCAUACGAAAGCUGGCGUGUGCGCGACAAGACGCGCCCGAAGAACGUGUUUGGGGUGCUUGACACACGCCGCCGCGUGCGCCCGUCGUCGCCCAAGAAAGCACCGACGCGGCAGUCGGCCCGCGCAUCGACGCGGGCGUCGUCGAUGGCCGAGGCAUUUCAGCCGCGAACCAUUUCGCUCCUACCUCUCGCCGUGUCGAAUGGCGCGCACGAGGUCAUUGCGAUUGACGAUGAUGACGACGAGUACGACGACGAUGCGCCGCUUGCAUAAGCAGCGCCUCUUACGAAUACGCUAAGAACUGUGUCGGUCAACACUAAUCUGCAGUGUGGUGGUUGUCAUGGUUGUGGCCAACCUGAGCGCUGACACGGUGCUCUCUUGUCGAAGCGACCGACAACGCGGUGUCGCUUGGUGUUCUUCACAAGGUCAAACGAUGCGAGGACGACUGCCAGAGAGCUCACGCACCGGCGGUUGAUGCCGUCAAGAUGCGAGAAACUUCAUGCGAGUACGGCACGAGUAGUG